UCUUUCUUUUUUUCGGCACACAACCUCUGUGCCAAAGCGAAGACGCGCACGCACACAACACAACACAACACUCUCUCACACACGCGGUGCGUGGCUGGGAGCAGAGCGCUGUAGGAGGGAAGACGGACGAGCCACGCAUCCGCAUCACCGAGGAGGGUGGCGCGGUGGCAUCGCCUGCAGGAAUCCAGUUGUAAAGUCCACACGGGAGGCGAAAAAUACGCUGAGAGGAGACGCGUCAAGAAGGAGCUCGGUCAUUAACCAAAGAUUACCUUGUCGGCACAGAUACACCAGGAGGAAAUAGUAAUAAUAAAUAAUAAAAAAAAAAAAAAAAAAAAAAAAAAAAAACGGAAGGGGAACAACACGCUUCGGAUAAGUUCAGAAGAAACCCGACUGGAGAUGAAUACCAGCGAUGCCAAGGAGUAUCUCGCACGGCGGGAGAUACCUCAACUAUUUGAGAGCCUCCUGACAGGUUUGAUGUACUACCGCCCCGAUGACCCCAUCGACUACUUGGAGGGCUGUCUGAAGAAAGUCAGGGAGCUCGGAGGACCGGACAAGGUGCGGUGGGAUACGUUCGUGGGUCAGGAGAAGAAGUCUCUCCCGCCGCUCAACGGAGGCCAAUCGCGCAGAUCCCUCUUCAGAAAUGUGUUGCCCGACAGCCCCAAUUUUCCCUACAGACGCUACGACCGCCUCCCUCCCAUCAGCCAGUUCUCCAUCGAGAGCGACUCGGACCUGUCGGAGACGGCGGAGCUCAUAGAGGAGUACGAGGUGUUCGAUCCGUCCAGGCCGCGACCCAAAGUCAUCCUCGUCAUCGGUGGCCCUGGCAGUGGCAAAGGAACACAGAGCCUGAAGAUCGCCGAGCGCUACGGCUUCCAGUACGUGUCCGUGGGCGAGCUGCUGAGGAAGAAGAUGAUCCACAACGCCACCAGCAACAGAAAGUGGAGCCUGAUCGCUAAAAUCAUCACCAACGGAGAGCUGGCACCACAGGAGACCACAAUAACUGAGAUAAAGCAGAAGAUUAUGAAGAUCCCAGACGCCAGCGGCAUCGUCAUAGACGGGUUCCCCCGGGACGUCGGACAGGCCCUGUCCUUUGAGGACCAGAUCUGCACUCCUGACUUGGUGGUGUUCCUGGCCUGCACCAACCACCGCUUGAAGGAGAGGCUGCAGAAGAGAGCCGAGCAGCAGGGGCGACCAGACGAUAACCCCAAGGCCAUCGACCGCCGCCUGACCAACUUCAAGCAAAACACCAUUCCUCUGGUCAAAUACUUCCAGGAGAGGGGCCUUAUUGUUACGUUGGACGCUGACCGGGAUGAGGAAGAGGUUUUCUGUGACAUCAGCAUGACUCUGGACAGCAAGCUGUUUCCCUCCAAGGAGCCGGCAGCCGGUCCCAGUGAGCUGGAUCUCAGUAUUCUUGGUGAAACAAGCGGCCUGGCAGACGUUGCCUGCAAAUACCAUGAGGAUGAAGAGGAGACAGAAGCCGGGUUUACUGAGGGAGCAACAGAAAAUUAUUGUACAGAACAGAAGAAACCAAAGGUCAUUUUCAUGAUGGGUGGUCCAGGCUCAGGUAAGGCUCUGCAGUGUGAGCGGAUGGAGGAGCGGUUCGGCCUGCGCCGCGUCACCCUGGGCGACCUGCUGUGCACCGAGCUGCAGUCUCACAGCGACAGAGGGCGCCACCUGCGGGGCGCUCUGGAGAGAGGAGAGCCGCUGCCCGAGGAAACACUGCUGGAGCUGCUGUGCGACGCGGCGGCGGCGGCGGUGCGGCAGGGAAAAGGUCUCGUGAUCAGCGGCUUCCCAAGAGACCUGAGACAAGCGGAGGAGUUCGAGGCCAAGAUGGGGGAACCCAGCGCGGUGCUCCUGCUGAACUGCUCACCCGACACCAUGUCCAGUCGUCUGCAGUGUCGCAGGGGAUCCUCCGGCUCCGACGGCGCCUCCAGCAGAGAGAGCGCCCUGCACAGGAGAGCGGAGAGCUUCAGCAGCGACAGCCAGGCGGUGGCAGCUCACUACGAAAGCAAAAGGCUCCUGCACACGAUCGACGCCGAGCGGUCGCCGGAUGACGUGUUCGCACAGAUCUGCCAGUCCGUGGCGCCCCACUUCUGACUUCUACAAUCGACAUCUGGCCAUAGCUCUGCAGUCCGGGAGGUCCAUCCAAGGAGACGCCCCCCCCCCCCCCCUUUCAUUCUCUCUAUCCCUCCCCCAUCACCCCGACCAGACUCACCCACACAAGCUCACACCUGCACCAGACAGUCGCUCAUUGAACUCCAGUGGUAUGCAUGUCUCACGUGUAUUCUGCUUUUGACACUUUUGACGAACAACCCGGUCGUCCGCUUCAAACUACUCGCGUCCCUCUUACUCUCUCCUCUCUUUCACGUCCAUCUCGAUAUACGCUGCCGACGGCCAUAACCGAAGGCAGACAACUGUACUGAAAGAAUCUCCUGCUGUGACUGAGAGCAUGCUGAAUGUGAAGUCUCUCAAGGUUUUUUUUUUUCUCCCCAUGCAGUAUCGAACUUGUCCACGCUCUCAUGCGCAGCACCCGUGCUUUAUAUCGUAACAAGCAUGCAAGAAUUACAAUUAAAGCUUCACAGCCUUGAAUUUAACAAAAAAAAAAGAAAAAAAAAAGCAGUAAGAGUAUUAACUGCUUUUUGUAUGUUUACAAGCUCAUGGUACAGGUGCGUGUUUCGAGUCUGGUGUUUAACAUUCAAUAAAAGCCAGUGCAUUUGCUAAACUUUU